CAGCCCGGGCAGAGAAGGAAGAGCCAGGUCCUUCCUGUAGCUGCUGGUCACCGGCCGGCUCGGAGUCCCCGCGUGGCCGCGCUCCCGGUGCUCGGCCGCUCAGCUCCGCCCGCAGCGCCCCGCCAUGCGCGCCCUCCUGCCGCUCGCCCUGCGCCGCCUCGCCCGCCCGCCGCGGCCCCGGGUGGCCUGUCGCGCCUGCAGCGGUGGCGGCGGCGGGGGUGACGGGGGCGGCGGGCAGGGCCUGCGCGGGCGGCGGCGGCUGCAGGACGGCCAGGCCAAGCUCAGCCGCGGCGCGGGCAGCCAGGCGCCCCCGGUGCGGGACUCCAUCGUGCGAGAUGUGAUUCAGAAUUCCAAGGAAGUUCUGAGCUUGCUGCAAGAGAAGAACCCUGCCUUCAAGCCAGUUCUGGCAAUCAUUCAGGCCGGCGAGGAUAACCUGAUGCAGGAAAUUAACCAGAAAUUGGCAGAAGAGGCCGGCCUGGACAUCACUCACAUCUGCCUGCCGGCCCAGAGCAGUAAGGAUGAGAUUAUAGAUGAGAUCUUGAAGAUCAACGAAGACCCCCGGGUCCACGGCCUUGCUCUGCAGGUCUCUGAGGACGCAUUCAGCAACAAAGUCCUCAAUGCCUUGAGACCAGAGAAAGACGUGGAUGGGGUGACAGAUGUCAACCUGGGGAAGCUGGUGCGGGGCGACGCCCAGGAAUGCUUUGUGUCACCGGUGGCCAGAGCUGUCAUUGAGCUUCUGGAAAAAUCAGGGGUUGACUUGGCUGGCAAGAAGGUCCUGGUGCUCGGUGCCCAUGGUUCUCUGGAGGCCGCCCUGCAGUGCCUGUUCCAGAGAAGCGGGUCCAUGACCAUGUGCUCCAUGUGGGACGCAGCUCAGCUCCAAGGCAAGCUUCAAGAGGCUGACAUUGUGGUCUUGGGCUCAGCCAAGCCAGACGAGGUUCCCUUGACUUGGAUACAGCCAGGAACCAUUGUGCUUAACUGUUCCCAUGACUUCCUAUCGGGGAAGCUUGGAUGUGGCACUCCAGGGGUGAAUUUCAGCAGUCUCUUUGCAGAAGAUGAUGUUAGUCUUCUAGCUGCAGCUCUGCGGAUUCAGAAUAUGGUCAGCAGUGGUCGGAGGUGGCUUCGAGAACAGCAGCAUUCCCGGUGGAGACUCCACUGUCUGAAGCUUCAGCCUCUGUCCCCCGUUCCCAGCGAUAUCGAAAUUUCCAGAGCCCAGACACCCAAAGCCGUGGAUGUCCUUGCCAAGGAGAUCGGGUUGCUCGCAGAUGAAAUUGAGAUGUACGGCAGGAGCAAAGCCAAAGUCCGUCUGUCCCUGCUGGAAAGACUGAAGGACCAAGCAGAUGGGAAAUACGUCAUCGUAGCCGGGAUCACACCCACCCCCCUUGGAGAAGGGAAAAGCACUGUCACCAUUGGGCUGGUGCAGGCGCUCACCGCUCACUUGAAUGUCAACUCCUUCGCCUGUCUGCGGCAGCCUUCCCAAGGACCCACCUUUGGCGUUAAAGGUGGAGCUGCGGGGGGCGGCUAUGCCCAGGUCAUCCCCAUGGAGGAGUUUAACCUCCACCUGACUGGGGAUAUUCAUGCCAUCACAGCUGCCAAUAACUUGCUAGCUGCCGCCAUUGACACAAGGAUUUUCCAUGAAAACACUCAGACAGAUAAGGCGCUGUAUAAUCGGCUGGUUCCUUUAGUGAAUGGGGUUCGAGAAUUUUCAGAAAUUCAACUUGCCCGGUUGAAAAAACUGGGAAUAAAUAAGACAGACCCAAGCGCUCUGACCGAAGAGGAGAUAAGGAGAUUCUCUCGCCUUGACAUUGACCCCUCCACCAUCACAUGGCAGAGAGUGUUGGACACCAAUGACCGGUUCCUGCGGAAAAUGACGAUCGGCCAGGCGAGCACGGAGAAGGGCUAUUCUCGAGAGGCACAGUUCGACAUUGCCGUGGCCAGCGAGAUCAUGGCGGUGCUGGCUUUGACCGACAGCCUCCAGGACAUGAAGACACGGUUGGGCAGGAUGGUGGUGGCCAGUGACAAGCAUGGGCAGCCCGUGACGGCGGAAGACCUGGGGGUGACAGGUGCUUUGACUGUGCUGAUGAAAGAUGCAAUAAAACCGAAUCUGAUGCAGACGCUAGAAGGCACUCCUGUGUUCGUGCAUGCGGGCCCCUUCGCGAACAUCGCCCAUGGCAACUCCUCUGUGCUGGCUGAUAAAAUCGCCCUGAAGCUUGUUGGAGAAGAAGGGUUUGUAGUCACGGAAGCCGGCUUUGGCGCCGACAUCGGCAUGGAGAAGUUCUUCAAUAUCAAGUGCAGAGCCUCCGGCUUGGUGCCCAACGUCGUGGUGCUGGUGGCCACGGUGCGUGCGCUGAAGAUGCACGGAGGCGGCCCCAGCGUUACUGCUGGCGUUCCUCUGAAGAAAGAAUAUACAGAAGAGAACAUCCCGCUGGUGGCAGACGGCUGCUGUAACCUGCAGAAGCAGAUUCAGAUCGCCCAGCUUUUUGGAGUUCCUGUUGUUGUGGCCCUGAAUGUCUUCAAGACGGACACCCGCGCCGAGAUCGACCUGGUGUGUGAGCUGGCCAAGCGUGCGGGCGCAUUUGAUGCUGUGCCCUGCUACCACUGGUCCAUGGGUGGCAAGGGCUCUGUGGACCUGGCCUGGGCCGUGAGAGAAGCUGCCAAUAAGAGAAGCCGCUUCCAGUUCCUGUAUGAUGUGGAGCUUCCGAUUGUGGAGAAGAUAAGAACCAUUGCCCAGACGGUUUAUGGAGCCAAAGAUAUUGAACUCUCUCCAGAAGCACAAAUCAAAAUAGACCGAUACACUCAGCAGGGCUUUGGGAACCUGCCCAUUUGCAUGGCAAAGACCCACCUGUCUCUGUCUCACCAGCCCGAUAAGAAAGGGGUCCCCCGGGAUUUCAUUUUACCCAUCAGCGACGUGCGGGCCAGCAUAGGCGCCGGCUUCAUUUACCCCCUGGUUGGAACGAUGAGCACCAUGCCCGGCCUGCCCACCCGACCUUGCUUUUACGACAUUGACCUGGACACGGAAACGGAGCAGAUAAAAGGCUUGUUCUAGAAGACGGAGGCUUCCACAUGGCCCAGCUCAGGACCUGAGACACAGACUACUCCCUCCCUUGCCUUUUUGCUGCAUCUGAAGAGUAAAACCAACUUGAAAUUAGCUUCUUACGAAACACUGGCGACAUGGUAAAAUAGACCAAAGAUUUAUUCUUCCUUCAAGAGGGAAUUCUGUUUGCCGUCGAGAUAAGAAGCAUAUUCAGCUCAAGACCCUCCAACAAGCUGGAAAGAAACUAAUUUAUUUUCUGUGUCUACGGUGUUUACAUUAUUCCGGUGGCUCACA